AUGUCUGACGUUGAAAACUCAGAAAAGUAUUAUGAAGAGGAUCCAUAUGGAUUUGAGGACGGAAGUGCCCCAAUUACUGCCGAAGAUUCAUGGGCUGUCAUAUCUGCGUUUUUUCGGGAGAAAGGUUUAGUCUCACAGCAACUUGACUCCUUCAACCAAUUUGUUGACUAUACUUUACAAGACAUUAUUUGCGAGGACUCCACUUUGAUUUUAGAACAGCUGGCAYAACACACCACCGAAUCGGAUAAUAUAAGCAGAAAGUAUGAGAUUAGCUUUGGGAAAAUAUAUGUUACGAAACCUAUGGUAAAUGAAUCUGAUGGUGUAACUCACGCAUUGUAUCCACAAGAAGCACGUUUACGUAAUCUGACGUAUUCAUCUGGUUUGUUCGUUGAUGUUAAGAAGAGAACAUAUGAAGCUGUUGAUGUUCCAGGUAGAGAAUUGAAAUACGAGUUAAUCGCCGAAGAGUCUGAAGAUGAUAGCGAGAGCGGGAAAGUCUUCAUUGGUCGUCUACCUAUCAUGUUAAGAUCCAAGAAUUGUUACCUAAGUGAAGCUACCGAAUCAGAUUUAUACAAGUUGAAAGAAUGUCCCUUCGAUAUGGGUGGUUAUUUUAUCAUUAAUGGUUCUGAAAAAGUUUUAAUUGCACAAGAGCGUUCCGCAGGUAAUAUUGUACAAGUGUUCAAAAAGGCUGCACCAUCUCCAAUUUCUCAUGUGGCAGAAAUCAGAUCAGCUCUUGAAAAGGGAUCCAGAUUCAUCAGCACCCUUCAAGUCAAACUUUACGGUCGUGAGGGUAGUUCGGCCCGUACCAUUAAAGCUACUUUACCAUAUAUUAAACAAGAUAUUCCUAUUGUAAUUAUAUUCAGAGCUUUAGGGAUUAUUCCAGAUGGUGAAAUUUUAGAACAUAUUUGUUACGACGUAAACGAUUGGCAAAUGCUAGAAAUGCUUAAACCGUGUGUGGAAGAUGGGUUUGUUAUUCAAGAUCGUGAAACUGCAUUAGAUUUUAUUGGUCGUCGUGGUACUGCCCUUGGUAUUAAGAAAGAAAAGAGAAUUCAAUAUGCAAAGGAUAUUUUACAAAAGGAAUUCCUACCUCACAUUACUCAGUUAGAAGGUUUUGAAAGUAGAAAGGCAUUUUUCUUAGGUUAUAUGAUCAACAGAUUAUUAUUAUGUGCUUUAGAUCGUAAAGAUCAAGAUGAUCGUGACCACUUCGGGAAAAAGAGAUUAGAUUUGGCAGGUCCAUUGUUGGCCCAACUUUUCAAAAGUUUAUUCAGAAAAUUGACUAAAGAUAUUUUCCGUUACAUGCAAAGAACUGUGGAGGAAGCCCAUGACUUCAAUAUGAAAUUAGCCAUUAAUGCAAAAACUAUAACAUCUGGUUUGAAGUAUGCCUUGGCCACCGGUAACUGGGGUGAACAAAAGAAGGCCAUGUCUUCAAGAGCCGGUGUUUCUCAAGUUCUGAACCGUUAUACUUAUUCAUCCACUUUAUCACAUUUAAGAAGAACUAACACUCCUAUCGGCCGUGAUGGUAAAUUAGCCAAACCACGUCAACUGCAUAAUACCCAUUGGGGGUUGGUCUGUCCUGCAGAAACCCCAGAAGGUCAAGCGUGUGGUUUAGUAAAAAAUUUAUCACUAAUGUCCUGUAUUUCCGUUGGUACAGAUCCAAUGCCAAUUAUCACUUUUUUAAGUGAAUGGGGUAUGGAACCAUUAGAAGACUACGUGCCACAUCAAUCGCCUGAUGCUACAAGAGUUUUCGUUAAUGGUGUGUGGCAUGGUGUUCACAGAAACCCAGCUAGAUUAAUGGAGACAUUAAGAACUUUAAGAAGGAAGGGUGAUAUUAACCCAGAAGUCUCUAUGAUCAGAGAUAUCCGUGAAAAAGAAUUGAAAAUCUUCACAGAUGCCGGUAGAGUUUAUAGACCAUUAUUUAUUGUUGAGGAUGAUGAAACACUCGGUCAUAAGGAACUAAAGGUGAGAAAGGGUCACGUUGCUAAAUUAAUGACUACAGAAUAUCAAGAUAUUGAAGGUGGUUUUGAAGAUGUAGAGGAAUUUACAUGGUCAUCAUUACUAAACGAAGGUUUAGUAGAGUAUAUUGAUGCUGAGGAAGAAGAAUCCAUUUUAAUUGCUAUGCAACCUGAAGAUCUCGAGCCAACAGAAGGUAACGAAGAAAACGGUCUCGGUGUUGACCACGCUAAACGUAUUAGAGUAACCCACCAUGCCACCACUUUCACACAUUGUGAAAUCCAUCCAUCUAUGAUUCUUGGUGUUGCUGCAUCGAUCAUUCCAUUCCCUGACCAUAAUCAAUCUCCACGUAAUACUUACCAAUCUGCGAUGGGUAAGCAAGCCAUGGGUGUAUUUUUAACUAAUUACAAUGUUCGUAUGGAUACCAUGGCCAAUAUUUUAUACUAUCCGCAAAAACCAUUAGGUACUACACGUGCUAUGGAAUACCUGAAGUUCAGAGAGUUACCUGCUGGUCAAAAUGCGAUCGUCGCCAUUGCAUGUUACUCAGGUUAUAACCAAGAAGAUUCUAUGAUUAUGAACCAGUCUUCAAUUGAUCGCGGGUUAUUCAGAUCCUUAUUUUUCAGAUCCUAUAUGGAUCAAGAAAAGAAAUAUGGUAUGUCUAUAACAGAAACUUUUGAAAAACCACAACGCACAAACACACUAAGAAUGAAACAUGGUACCUACGACAAAUUAGACGACGAUGGUUUAAUCGCGCCUGGUGUUAGAGUUUCAGGUGAAGAUGUUAUUAUUGGUAAGACCACACCAAUUUCACCUGACGAGGAAGAGCUAGGUCAAAGGACAGCAUACCAUUCCAAGCGUGACGCUUCUACACCAUUAAGAAGUACUGAAAACGGUAUCGUUGAUCAAGUUUUAGUAACAACAAACCAAGAUGGGUUAAAGUUUGUUAAAGUUCGUGUUAGAACCACCAAGGUUCMUCAAAUCGGUGACAAAUUCGCUUCUCGUCAUGGUCAAAAGGGUACUAUUGGUAUCACAUAUCGUAGAGAAGAUAUGCCAUUUACAGCAGAAGGUAUCGUUCCAGAUUUAAUUAUCAAUCCUCAUGCUAUUCCAUCUCGUAUGACUGUGGCGCAUUUAAUCGAAUGUUUAUUGAGUAAGGUGGCUGCAUUAUCUGGUAAUGAAGGUGACGCUUCUCCAUUCACAGACAUCACAGUAGAAGGUAUAUCUAAAUUAUUACGUGAACAUGGUUACCAAUCUCGUGGGUUUGAAGUUAUGUACAAUGGUCACACAGGUAAAAAACUGAUGGCUCAAAUUUUCUUUGGUCCUACAUAUUACCAACGUUUAAGACAUAUGGUGGAUGACAAGAUCCACGCCAGAGCCCGUGGUCCAAUGCAAGUUUUAACAAGACAGCCGGUGGAAGGUAGAUCGAGAGACGGUGGUUUAAGAUUCGGUGAAAUGGAACGUGAUUGUAUGAUCGCUCACGGUGCUGCUUCAUUCUUAAAGGAAAGACUAAUGGAAGCAUCCGACGCCUUCAGAGUUCAUAUCUGUGGUAUCUGCGGGUUGAUGACAGUUAUUGCCAAAUUAAAUCAUAAUCAAUUUGAAUGUAAAGGAUGUGAUAAUAAGAUUGACAUCUACCAAAUCCAUAUUCCAUAUGCUGCGAAGUUAUUAUUUCAAGAACUAAUGGCUAUGAACAUUACGCCACGUUUAUAUACCGAUCGUUCAAGAGAUUUUUAA